AUGUAUCAGCUAUUUCUGCUUUUAUUAUCAGCAUUUAAUGUAAUUAAUAAUGCAAAUGGUGCGGAGGAAAAUAUUGGCGAAGCGAAAUUACAAAUAGAAAGAGGUAAGCUAUCAUGUCAUAAUGGUUGGGUACCGUAUGCAUCAAUCGGAUCAAAUAAAUAUACGUAUUGCUUGAAGAUUUUAACUGUAUUCCGAAUGACUUGGCAUCAAGCUGAAGAAAGUUGCCGACAAGUUGGAAAAGAUGCUCAUCUAGUUUCGAUACAAACAAUCGAACAAAAUCAUUGGCUUACAGAAGCGGUUUAA